UGGUAACUCGAUAAUGAAUUCAGAGAAGAACGAACGAAAAAAGAAGGCGGGUUUGUCCUAGGUGGUGGUUGUAAUUUUUACCAGAUUUUACUCGUGGAGCCAUCGGUAGGAUGCGAAGAUGUAUCCUAUAGCGCAGGGUUUUUCACACCUUUUGGGUCAGCAAACCUCGGGUCAACCCCCAAUUCAGCCGUCUCCAAUUUUCAGUUUUCCACCUUUGGAACAAGAAGUUCCAGCGGCACCCCCACAGCCCCGCCCCACAGAUUUUAUAUGCCCAGCUCGGCCGAACCAGGGUCAAGAUGGCCGCCCCAUUAUGCUCCGCGCCAACCAUUUCCAGGUGCGAAUACCCAAGGGUUUUGUCCACCAUUAUGAUGUGUCCAUCACACCUGACAAGUGUCCUCGUAGAGUGAACAGAGAGAUUAUCGAGACGAUGGUUCAGGCGUAUGGGCAGAAAGUCUUUGCGGGACAGAAACCAGUGUUUGAUGGGCGGAAAAACCUCUAUAGUCGAGAUCCUUUACCAAUUGGCCGAGACAAGGUGGAGCUGGAAGUGACACUUCCUGGCGAGGGCAAAGACCGAGUGUUCAAGGUAGCUAUCAAAUGGGUGGCCCAGGUCAGCCUGUUUGCUCUUGAGGAGGCUCUUGAAGGUCGCACCCAGACCAUUCCAUUUGAGGCUAUACAGGCGCUGGACGUAGUGCUCAGACAUCUGCCAAGUAUGACGUACACGCCUGUUGGGCGAUCCUUCUUUUCACCACCAGAGGGCUACGAACACCCGCUAGGUGGUGGACGGGAAGUGUGGUUUGGAUUUCACCAGAGUGUUCGGCCAUCUCACUGGAAGAUGAUGUUAAAUAUAGAUGUGUCUGCGACUGCGUUUUAUAAAGCUCAGCCUGUGAUCGAGUUUAUGUGUGAAGUGCUGGAUAUCCGUGAUGUACAUGAGCAGAAACGGCCGCUUACCGAUUCUCAGCGGGUGAAAUUCACGAAAGAAAUCAAAGGUUCGGCAUACUCCGAUCAGAAUUGUUCAUCAGGACUGAAAGUGGAGAUAACCCAUUGCGGUACAAUGAAGCGAAAGUAUCGUGUCUGCAACGUAACCAGAAGGCCAGCACAGACGCAGUCGUUCCCACUUCAGCUGGAUUCGGGGCAGACCGUGGAGUGUACAGUUGCAAGAUACUUCCUGGAGCGUUACAAGAUGAAGUUACAGUACCCACACUUGCCAUGUCUACAAGUGGGUCAAGAACAGAAACACACAUAUCUACCAUUAGAAGUCUGUAACAUUGUAGGGGGCCAGCGAUGCAUUAAGAAACUAACGGACAUGCAGACAUCUACUAUGAUCAAGGCAACGGCGAGAUCCGCACCUGAUCGGGAAAGAGAAAUCAACAACCUGGUUCGGAAAGCUAAUUUCAAUGGGGACCCCUUCCUGCAAACGUUCGGCAUCAGUAUAAGUAGUCAGAUGACAGAGGUACAAGGGCGGGUACUCAAUGCACCCAAAAUUCAAUAUGGAGGCAGGACCAAGGCCCAGGCUGUGCCUAACCAGGGCGUGUGGGACAUGAGGGGCAAGCAGUUCUACAGCGGAAUCGAGAUCCGCGUAUGGGCCAUCGCCUGCUUCGCGCCGCAGAGGACCGUCCGCGAGGAUGCUCUCAGAAAUUUCACUCAGCAGUUGCAGAGGAUUUCUAAUGAUGCUGGGAUGCCAAUAAUGGGUCAGCCCUGUUUCUGUAAGUACGCCACGGGGCCAGACCAAGUGGAGCCCAUGUUUCGUUAUCUGAAGAAUACCUAUCAAGGGCUGCAACUCAUUGUGGUCGUGCUGCCUGGCAAGACACCAGUUUAUGCUGAAGUGAAGAGAGUGGGUGACAUAUGUUUUGGUUUGGCAACACAGUGUGUACAAGCGAAAAACGUGAACAAGACCUCUCCGCAGACGCUGUCCAAUCUGUGCCAGAUCAAUGUCAAACUGGGUGGAAUCAACAAUAUCCUGCUUCCAAGCAUCCGGCCAGCUGUCUUCCGUGAACCCGUCAUUUUCCUCGGUGCUGAUGUCACACAUCCUCCAGCUGGUGACAAAGCCAAACCCUCCAUUGCUGCUGUGGUGGGGAGUAUGGACGCACAUCCUAGUCGCUACUCAGCCACCGUGAGAGUGCAGCAGCACCGCCAGGAGAUAAUAGCUGAGCUUUCCAACAUGGUGCGGGAACUACUCAUCCAAUUCUACAAAUCCACCCGCUUCAAGCCAACCAGGAUCAUAUUUUACCGUGACGGUGUGAGCGAGGGACAGUUCCAGCAGGUUAAUGUGCUAACCCAUGAGUUGCGGGCUGUCCGUGAGGCAUGCAUGAAGCUUGAGGUGGGAUACCAGCCAGGGAUUACCUUUAUCGUAGUGCAGAAGCGACACCAUACCAGGCUAUUCUGCUCGGACAAGAAAGAUCAGAUUGGACGGAGUGGUAAUAUCCCACCAGGCACCACCGUCGAUGUGGGCAUCACUCACCCCACCGAGUUUGACUUCUACCUCUGCAGUCAUGCUGGUAUACAGGGGACGAGUCGACCUUCCCACUACCAUGUCCUCUGGGAUGACAACCGGUUCAACGCUGACGAGUUGCAGACGCUGACGUAUCAGUUGUGCCAUACAUAUGUGCGCUGCACGCGCAGUGUCUCCAUACCCGCACCUGCAUACUACGCUCACCUGGUAGCUUUCAGAGCUCGUUACCAUCUGGUGGAGAAAGAACAUGACAGCGGUGAAGGCAGUCAUCAGUCAGGUAACAGCGAGGAUCGCACUCCGACAGCCAUGGCACGGGCCGUAACCGUUCACCCUGACACUGUCAAAGUCAUGUACUUUGCUUAGCGGCUGUUACAAUGGAAACAAGCAGAUCUGUGCGACGAAACCUUGUAGAAAUUGGUAUCGGUCUUCACGUGUGACAGGAACAGACACAGUUUUGAUGACGGGAAUGUGAUUCCAGUUAUUUACUUGAGGAAUCCUUGAGAGGGUUUCUUCUGACAGAAUUUCCCUCUUGUUAAAGGCAUGAGUGUAGACAUUUUGCAGUGAUCUUCUGUACUGGAGUUGAUGGAGACUUCAGCAAAGCUCCCAGGAUGGAACUUCUGCCCCUGGAAAGCUGGCUGUGCAAGAUGACUGGAAAAGCCUUCAGUUACUUAAAUCUCUGAAAAACAUUACUGACUCCUCGCAGGAUUUAUCCUUCCAGGAUUUUUGCAGAAUCCUACUUUGCAGUUUUGGGAGGAAGGCUUUGAAAUGGCUUGUGAAGGCUCCAGCUAACUUCCUCUGCAGUAUAGGGGUAGCUCUAUCUAGGGGAGGUCAUUUCUGUCAGCAAUCAUUGACCAUUACAUUUUCAAAUUAUCAUUUACAUUAAGCAAUUGCUGACCAACCGUUUAUACUGCAUUUGGAUGCAUUUGGUCAUUGGUUUUUUCAUUUUUUUCUCCUUUUCUUCCAUUUGUUUGUGGUCUUUUGCUUGUAUUUAUCUUUCAUCAUGAAGCGCUUUUCUUGUCACAUGACUUUUUGCGUAAGAUACCUUGGCGUCGCAUUUGGCGCUAGCUGGCAGCUAUAACGGCCUAGCUCACAUUCCAGGCUGAGUGGAUCUUGUGACACCCAAUAGAGGAGAAUCGCUGACUGAAUGACACUGUUACUAAUUGACCAACACAGUGGCUUCCGUGUAAUAUUACAGGUAUCCAAGUUUAAGUGUGGAAAUUUGCACGACAAAAAAGAAAAAAACAAUUUGGAUGAACUUAAUGGACUGUUGGCGCAUGGUGCAUUGCUUUAUGAAAUUACACAUUACAUUGCUCUUCUGAAGUGCAUUUUAGUGAGCACCGAGGACGUUUUAAUUAACUGAAAGCAGCAUGGCACUCAUACAAUGUGUCCUUGAUUAGUGGGUUUGUUUUCUCAUACACUGAAAGGUUUUAGCAAUAUUCUGUUUUAUACACUUUUUUUUUUUUAUAUUUUACUUCAUCCUUUAAUGAAGACAUUUCAUUGUGCAAAUAUGUAUACUUGAGUUCGUUUGGCUGUAAGAUGAAUUUUACAUGGAAACUUAAAUACUUUGCUUCUCAAUGAAAUUUUCAUAACGACAAAAGUACUGUUUGAAUCGAGUUACACCGUAAAUUUGCUAGAACAGAAAAAAAGAGCCCAUUCAAGACCAAGCUUUUUCCAAAUCAGGAAGUUUACCGAGUUGACACAAGAAGCCUGGCUACAGUUUCAGUUGUAAAAGUCUGAUGUCUGUUUUACAGCUGGCAGGUUUUUUGUUCAGAGCCUGGUGCAGCAAAACGUUACAAACAAAAUAGCAAAAAAAAAAAAAUCAAUAGAACUGGGCCCAAAACUACCCUUGUCCUUUCCACCCCCAGUGCAUCAAAUGAACCUGUCUGAACAAAGCACAUGCAUGGCAGAAAUCUUGUUUUAUGGACAAAUGCCAGAUGUUUUUAUCGGUUUAUUUUGUUUUAACAGUUCUAUAAAACUUUACAUAUUUUCAUGUCAAGGGCAAAUAUAAAACAAAACGAAACAAAAAUCCUUCCUGUGGUUCUAAAUUUUUGAAAGUCGAAAUAAUUUUUGGGGACGUCCAACAGCAAAAUGUCAGCAUUUGACUGAACCCACCUCCCAUCACCCCUCAUGGGAAAAAUGGAGUCAUCCCACCAGUGUUAUGGCCCUCUGUCUAGCUCAUCAAUGUUUUCCUAAGGUGUCACACCAAUCUACCAACCCUGACUCACCUUGGCACUAUAAAACCUUUCCCCACCUGUGUCCCCCAUAGUUGAUGUGAACUUACACCCCACCUCUCCUUUUGAGAAAUAGGUUGGUUUCAGGUAAUAGUGAAUAUAUAAAUUUAGUUUUCUUUAAAAACCGUGUAAAAGAAAACACAAAAGAAAUGCACAUGUGAGAAACAAGUUUUAUUUAUGUGGUGUACUGUAAAUGACGUGUGAAACGUUCAUAACCAAAAGGAAACCGAAUUGAUAUGUGGUUUUGAAACCAAAGCAGUAAACUUUUACAUUCUGCUGAUUUGGUGUACCGUAGUGUAGGGCCUAUUAAAAUCAACAAAACACUCAAGAUCAAACUUUCAGGAUUACUGCCAUUGAAUGAUCAAACAAAUUUAAAUUUUAACAGGCGGCAAAUAGAAAAGAAAAAUAAUAAACAAAUAAUCGUCUCAUCUGCAAAAUGUUACAAGAAUUUUGCUUACAGACAUGUUGAUGAGUGUUUAAGCAAAUAUCUGAGCCGAAACAAAUACUUUGUAUUAAAAAUAGAAACACAUUAGUAAUCAUGCUGAUUUAGAUCAAAAUGGCUUUUUUUGAACAUUUUUUUUUCUUUCUUAAACUGGGAAAAGCUCCCGGAUUGGAGACCAUGUCAUUUUUUUUUUUCGUGCAAGAUUUUGUUUAUUACAAUGAAUUUGGGUAACGGUCAUGCUGUAAAUACUUACAUAGUAAAUAUCUAUAUAUCGGAAGAAUUGUUAGCACCAGGACUUUAAUAAUGAAUUGCGUUGUAUCAUAGUAGAUAUCUGUUCCUCAAUCCAAGUAUCAUGAAGUGCAAGCGUUGAUCAAGGGCAGAUAACUCUGGUUGAAUUGUUCUUUCCCCCUUAAUGCGAAGCCUUGUGCAUGGUGAAGCGAUCUACAAAUGUUGUAAUUGCACAAGGCUUCCAUUUUGUUUUGCGUGCAAAGAAAUAUUUAAAAAAAUGCAUUGACGUACAGUUUUUGUGCAGAGAAGAGAGUUUUGUGGUAUAGAGCAGAUGGUCGCAAUGAUGUUUUUAUUGUCAAGCAUGGCUGUGAAUACAAGAGUAAAGCAUUGAUGUGGGUGGGGAAAUUACCUAAUCUGUCAUGUUAUAUAAAAAAUGAUUAUGUCAAAUGCCGGGAAUCUUAACAAAUGAACUUUAAAUCUUAUUUUGUAGUUUUUAACCCUGUGAGAAUGGAUUAUGAAUGCUGUGUGAGCGAGCGAGAGUUUCGUUUUUCACGUCUUCACCCUCUAUGUUUUACUUUAUUUUAUAUAUUUGUCUUGUGUAUGCCAUCAGAGAGAAAGUUUUUGUGUGUUUAUCUGAGGCUUUGGAACUAUGCCACACUCACUGAAUUGCCCUUAACCCUUGGUUUCAAUCAAGUGUGUUAUUUGCGCAUCGAGCUGUGCAUGAAAGCCAAGUUAUUUAUAAAUUGUAAGUUUAUGUUCCUUGUUAUAAUGGUGAAUGGUUUGAAAGUGUACACGUAGAGUAUAUUUUAUACAUGUUUGAUUAUUUUUGCGCCAGUUUGACUAAUAGCAAAUAAUCUACAUCGACAUUUUUGAAAAUCGUUGAAUCUGUUUCAGUAGUUCUAUUUAAUAGGCUGUUAGUUUUGAGAUUCGAGGAUUUUUUAAUUGGUAAAGUGAUGUUUUAGUCUCUGUGGAUCUAAAAACUGCCGCGGAAUAGAAACAUUGGGUGUGCGUUUGAUCACGAAAGAUUGAUAACAUCAACAGUUACUUCCCUUUGGAGAUGCUCAUUCUGUGGUCAAAGUGGUGAAUGGUCUCAAAAAAUAAACGCAAACAUUUAAUGGCCUUAGAAAACUCAUUUGAACUACGUCUGCUUUUCAAUCAGUCUACAUUUUAAUGUAUUUGAAUAUGGUACAAUUUGUUCCCACAAUCCCUUUUCUAUUACUGGCAAAUCAUGAAUGUAAUUUAUUUUAUCAUGUGGUGGCAUCAUGUCAUGGAAGUAAAUAUUUUAAAUUCA